AGAGGUUUGCUAACACAUUCCUUUACAGAUAUUGCAAAGAUGAGCUACUUAUUAUAGUGUGUUCAUUAUAUCCAGUUAGCGUAUUUUGCUUCUGAUAGUCUGGAAUGCAUUAUAAUUUUUGUGCAUCUUGAAGUGGUAAUUUCUCUGAAAGUAAAAUUAGUUGCCUUCAUCCCAAACUGUUAAUUGAUUUUAGACAGAUUUCUGGUUGAUGAAUGAUAUGAAUGAAAAUCAUGAUGUUCUUACAGGAAUUCGGGACGGAGAAGCUGCGGAGGGCAUGGGCCACCACGGAAUCCAACCCCCAUGACAUGGAGGCAUGGAGCUUGAUCAUACGUGAUGCCCAGAAUCGUGCCAUAGACAGUGCUAGACCCAUCUUUGAACGCUUAGUGACCACUUUCCCCACCACGGGGAAGUUCUGGAAGAUGUACAUAGAGCAAGAGAUGAGGUCUUAUAAUUUUGAAAAAGUGGAAAAGGUAUGUUUAACACACUGUUUCAAAUGCUAUCUCUUCACAAUAAAAGCUUGUAUAUUGACUUGUGUAGUUUAUUUUUCAAGCAGUUUUGAGAGCUCGUUAUGUUUCUGGUUAAAUCCCAAGCAGUUCAAAAAGUGCAAGUGAUAUCUAUUGCUGUAAUCUAAAGGGCUUUUUGAGAGUGCAUUGUGUGCGGCUACCAGUGAUUGAAUGAUUUGAAGUCCUUGGUUUGAUCUGAGUGAUGCCAAAAUACUGUAUAUACUUGAAAGAAGUCACUGACCAUCUAUUUAGAUAUUGAAUAUAUAUUGGCCCCUCAAAUACAAUGAUAUCCCCUGUUAGGGACAUGGUGGUGAGCUGGAGUUUCCCUUGAACCAAACCUAUUAGUGGGCUAGACACCGGAGUGGCCAUGGGCAGCCUACUGCUUUAAACUGGAGUGUAGGCUUUGAGGGACCAUUGCUCCAGGACAGUUUUGCAUCUCCUCUCUUCUAGAGAUACUGGAACAGUGACACUUAAUGAUUUCACUGUGAAUCCUGAGGUCCUAUGGCUUUCUGGGUCCUCAUAAUCCAGGGUUGUUGCUCAGAUACUUAUUUUUUUUAGAUCAGGGGUAUUGGGUUGUUUUAGGCAAUGUUAUAGCAUCCUCUUGAUCAACAGAAAUUGCAUAAGUUUAAAGCCUUUCAUAUCUGUGGAUAUAUUAGAAAUUUGUCUAUCUGUUUAUUAUAAUUAUUAUUAUUAUUAUUUGAUAAUGAAAUGCAUUAUCCACUAAAUGAUUAAUUCCUAUAAUCCAGAUGAGGUGACCAAUCAUGUCAUGAAAAUAUUUGGUUCGAGGGUUGGGUGACAUGAACAUACCAUCAUGGGAAAUUUGAUGUCGUGAGCAUUAUGGCUGAAGGCUGUGGUGAUGGAAUGACUCGCCAUAAGUGCACAAAGCUCUUACAGGUUGAUUUAGACUCAUUUGAGAUUUAGGAAAGGCUUGCAUUAUUUUCAUCAAUAAAUGCGUGUAGAAUGUGCUGUCCAUGAGCCAUGACUGGAGGAGUGCCAGCUCCAGGGACGUUGCUGAUUUCUAUUCCGGGCCGCAGUGACUGGCAGUACAGAUUUUAUUACAAGAAAUUGAAUAUUAAAAAAGGACAUAACAAAAUGUUCCUUAUUAUUGUUAUUAUUGUACUGAGUUCUGAGCUACCUAGAGAGAUGAAAUAGUCUGCAAAGAAAAGUCUGUUACCAUCUGGAUAAAGCGAAUCAGAUGACAAAUAAAGACAUUGGAAACUAGCAAAAGAAAAGAGACUAAUAACCCUUAUGCAGAAAGAGAGAACAUUUUAAAGGAGAAGCGAGGAUUCUUGUCACCACACAUGAGUGUUUUUUGGUGCUUGGCCUACAGGCUGCACACCCAUCAGUGUGUCCAGUCAAGAAAGCCUAAUGUCCAUAUUUUGGGCCAUGUGAUAGCAGUGAAGCAUCUAGAUCCAUUGAAUUAAGGGUACUGUAAUAUUUACUUUAAGGCUAGUUAGCGAUCAUCAAAGCAAAUUGCCCAAUAGGGUUCCCAUAGUGAAGACCCAUGAUAUACACAUUCAGAAUGUUAAAAAAAAAAAAAAAAAAAAAAAAUGUAAAUUGCCUUGUAAAAUAUUGCCCUUAAUCUAUGCAUGGGCAUGUGUGCAUUUAUUGCAUGAGAGAAUGAAUGAAAAUGAUAGGUGAAUAGAGAUUGAAGCUAGGUAUUUAAGAUAAGUGUGCUUGUGAAUAAUUAGAAACUCAUUAUAAAGAAAGAAAAAUACUGUAUGAACUUUGAAUGUGCAUUUGCAUGUGGAAUAAAUGCCUCGUGUUUUAUUGCUUGAUGGAUGUGAAAACAUGAUGAGCUCAUUCAAAGCUGCUUAUGUUGUUUUAUUCUUAUUAUUAAAUGAUUUUGAUUACAGGUAAUUUUAAAAAGAUGUACCGGGUUUAAGUAUAAGAUGGGUAAGGUGUAGGGAUAUAGCAAUAAAUGUGUAACAGGAACAUCCUCGUGUUUUAAUGCGUUUUUAUUGUAUGCUGUUACUCUUUGAAUUGUACAUAUGAAUAUUGUUUUAUGCCAGUACUAUGUGGAUAAUAAAGAAGGGUGAAUCCU